AUGUCGGAUAAGCAGGAGCUCUCCCAGACGGAGAAUGGACCCAUCGCUGGGUCCAAGAAGAGAACAUGUGCGCGACACUGCAAGCGCUUCUGGUGGAUCUACCUCAUCGUGUUGUGCUGUAUUGUUGUUCUCGUUGUUCCCCUGAUCAUCUUCGUCGCCGUCCCGAAAAUCGCACAAGACAAGGUGAACAAGGCCAAGCUUGAGAUCCAGGGCGUCAACAUCCUCGAGACCGAACCCGAAAAUUACCAGAUGCAGAUCAACUCGACCAUCACCACCGAUGGCAAGAUCCAUGCCGAGAUCGAUCCCUUCGAGGGCGAUAUGUAUCUCGAGGACUGGCCGCCCCAUGUCCCUUUCGCCAGAGUGCAGUUCCCUGAGACCAAUUCCAACAAGCACCAAGUCGUCAACGUCAGUCAGCAUAUCGAAAUCACCGACAUGCAGGAGUUCACCCGAUUCAAUGUCUGGUUCCACAACAACGAGACUGUGCGCGUCACCAUCAACGGAAGGACAAAGGUCAAGCCAAGGGGCUUGACGCGAAAGUAUGGCGUCGACUUUAAGAAGACUGUCGAGCUGAAGGGCUUGAACCAUUUCGACGGUACUGAGGUUACCGACGGCCACAUUUCCUUGGACAGUGGCAAGGACGGUCGCAACUUCAACGGCACCGCCAACAUCCCCAAUGCUUCCGUUUUCACCCUGGAUAACGGCAAUGUCACAUUCACCAACUUUAUCGGUGACGAAGAAGUUGGUACCCUGUAUAUCAAUGAUCUCGUACUCAAGCCAGGAAGCAACAUUGUCAAGAUCACUGCGAACAUGGACCAGACUGCAGUUCUCAAGGCUGUCCGGGCAGAGCCCUAUUGCAAGACAGGUGUUGUCCCCUUCAAGCUCCUGGGCAAGUCGGUGAUAAAUCAUGGUAAGAACCUCACAUAUUUCGCCGCGGCUUUGGGGAGCUCGAACCAGACCGUCGAGAUCGAUAUCGGCUCCAUUCUCAAGAAGGACUUGGGGUACGAUGUCAAGUGUUCUUCUGAUAGCGACGAGUAG